AGCCAACGCGACGCCAAAUCCAUUCCUCUUCCCUCUCCACAGGCUGAGACGAAGCCAACCGAAGCGAACACCCUAGGCGCGCGCGCGCAGAGCCGUGGCAUAGUCGUCGGCCUCGACGGAGGCAGCGGAUGGCGACACCCACGCCCAUGGCCGGCGAGGGGUCGCUGGCCGCGGUGAUGCCGCGGUCGCCCUCCCCGCCGGCGGCGGCGGGGUCGGCGGCCGAGGCGCCGAUGCUGAUAUUCCUCUACUUCCACAAGGCGAUCCGCGCCGAGCUCGAGGGGCUGCACGGUGCCGCCGUGCGCCUCGCGACCGAGCGCGCCGGCGACGUGGAGGCACUUGCCGAGCGCUGCCGCUUCUUUGUCAACAUCUACAAGCACCACUGCGACGCCGAGGACGCGGUUAUCUUUCCAGCACUUGAUAUUCGAGUCAAGAAUGUUGCAGGGACCUAUUCUCUGGAGCAUAAAGGGGAGAAUGACCUCUUUACCCAACUACUUGCUUUAUUACAAAUGGACAUACAAAAUGAUGAUGGUCUUCGGAGGGAACUUGCAUCCUGUACAGGAGCCAUACAAACUUGCCUCACCCAGCAUAUGUCCAAGGAAGAAGAACAGGUCUUCCCGUUGCUUACCAAGAAAUUUUCAUACGAAGAGCAAUCUGAUUUAGUGUGGCAAUUCUUAUGCAACAUUCCUGUAAAUAUGCUGGCAGAGUUCCUUCCGUGGCUUUCAGCUUCUGUUUCUUCUGAUGAACAUGAAGAUAUUCGCAAUUGCUUAUGUAAAAUAGUACCUGAAGAGAAACUUCUUCAGCAGGUUGUAUUCACUUGGAUCGAAGGGAAAUCAACAAGAGUAAUGCUGCCGAGUUCUGUCAAUGCUAUUUCAGAAAGAAGUCAUAGUUGCAAUGAUGCGUCCUCAGUUGACCAAGGGAAGAAACUUAUUUAUGCACAUGAAGAGUCUAAUGUUGGGAACAGAGAGUAUGAAGAAUCUAAUGAUAAUCAAGCUGACAGGCAUCCCAUAGAUGAGAUUCUAUAUUGGCAUAACGCUAUUCGUAAAGAAUUGACUGAUAUAGCAGAGGAGACAAGAAGGAUGCGGCAGUCUGGAGAUUUUGCUGAUAUAUCAGCCUUCAAUGCGAGACUUCAGUUUAUUGCAGAUGUGUGCAUAUUCCACAGUAUCGCCGAGGAUCAGGUUGUAUUUCCUGCAGUCAAUAGUGAGCUUUCCUUCGUGCUGGAGCAUGCUGAAGAAGAACGCCGAUUUAACAAUUUUAGAUGCUUAAUUCAGCAAAUCCAAAAGGCAGGAGCAAAAGCAACUGCAGUAGAGUUUUACUCCGAACUGUGUUCACAUGCUGAUCAGAUAAUGGAGGCAAUUGAGAAGCACUUCAGUAAUGAAGAAACCAAGGUGCUUCCCCAAGCUAGGGUUCUUUUCUCUCCUGAGAAGCAAAGGGAACUUCUAUACAGAAGUUUAUGUGUCAUGCCAUUGAAGUUAUUGGAACGUGUUUUACCAUGGCUGGUGUCAAAACUGAGCGAUGCGGAGGCAUCUUCUUUUCUUCAGAAUAUGCGCUUAGCAGCACCAUCAUCUGAGAUGGCACUGGUCACUCUUUUCUCUGGUUGGGCGUGCAAAGCUCGCUCAGAGGACAAAUCCAAUUCGGGAGAAUAUAUAUGCUUAACUUCAGGGGCGGCAAGAUGCCUGUUGGAUGAUGUAGAUGAGCUGAAAAAAUGCCAAUCAUUCUGUCCAUGUGCUUCACGUAGCAAUGCAGUGGUUCCUCUGCAUCUGCAAAACGAAAAUGGUCCUAGGCCAGGCAAGCGAGGAAGUGAUGCAGAAUGUCUGCGUGGUACUAAUGGAACUCAUUGCUCUCAAAUUGCUGACACCGAGGCACGUCCAUGUAGCAAAAAACCUUGUUGUAUUCCUGGGUUGAGAGUAGAAACCAGCAAUCUUGGCAUUGGUUCACUGGCUUCUGCAAAAUCCUUUCUCUCAUAUAAUUCUUCUGCUCCUUCAUUAUAUUCGAGCCUUUUUUCAUGGGAUACAGAUGCAGCAUUGUCUUGUUCUGAUGGCAUCUCAAGGCCAAUUGAUACCAUUUUCAAAUUUCACAAGGCCAUUCGCAAGGAUCUAGAGUACUUAGAUGUUGAAUCUGGAAAGCUCAUUGAUGGUGACGAGUCUUGCCUUCGCCAAUUCAUUGGAAGAUUUCGUUUAUUGUGGGGUCUUUACAGGGCACACAGCAAUGCUGAGGAUGAAAUUGUGUUUCCUGCUUUAGAAUCAAGAGAGCCAUUGCACAAUGUGAGCCAUUCAUACACUCUUGAUCACAAGCAGGAAGAGCAAUUAUUCGAGGAUAUAUCUAACGUUCUCUGUGAGCUUUCACAGCUACAUGAUAUCUUAAAUGAGCCUCAUAAUGAAGCUAAUGAAGCAGAGAAAAACUAUUUGAAUUCAUCUAAUGGGAUUGAUUCAACUAGAAAGUACAAUGAGCUUGCUACGAAGCUUCAAGGAAUGUGCAAGUCUAUCCGGGUUGCCUUGACUAAUCACGUCCAUAGAGAAGAACUUGAGUUGUGGCCAUUGUUCGACAAACAUUUUUCCGUGGAAGAACAGGAUAAGCUUGUUGGUCGUAUAAUUGGUACAACAGGGGCUGAGGUUCUCCAGUCAAUGUUACCCUGGGUUACAUCAGCGCUUAAUCAAGAGGAACAGAACAAGAUGCUGGAUACAUGGAAGCAAGCAACGAAGAACACAAUGUUUGGUGAGUGGUUAAAUGAGUGGUGGAAGGGAGUUCCAACACCAUCAGAUUCUUCGGCAGAGACAUCCUCUGCUCCAGAAGAUAGUCAUUCACAAGACAAUGUUGACCAGAAUGACCAGAUGUUCAAGCCUGGCUGGAAGGACAUCUUUCGAAUGAACCAGAGUGAACUUGAGGCUGAGGUGCGAAAGGUUUCACGAGAUCCUACACUGGACCCAAGGCGGAAGGCCUAUCUAAUCCAAAAUCUCAUGACCAGCCGCUGGAUUGCUGCUCAGCAAAAGUUACCAGAUCCAAGAUCAGAAGAGUGCAGUGAAGGUGCUGGUAUACCUGGAUGUUCUCCUUCGUACCGAGACCAGGAGAAGCUAAUAUUCGGCUGUGAGCACUACAAACGGAACUGUAAGCUUGUUGCUGCUUGCUGUAACAAGCUUUUCACAUGCAGAUUCUGCCAUGAUAAAGUUAGCGAUCAUACUAUGGAAAGGAAAGCAACACAGGAGAUGAUGUGCAUGGUAUGCCUGAAGGUUCAACUGGUUGGUCCAAAUUGCCAAACUCCAUCUUGCAACGGUCUAUCCAUGGCAAAGUAUUACUGUAAUAUCUGCAAAUUUUUUGAUGAUGAAAGGACUGUGUACCAUUGUCCGUUUUGUAAUCUAUGUCGUCUUGGGAAAGGUCUUGGUGUUGAUUUCUUCCAUUGCAUGAAGUGCAAUUGCUGCCUUGGAAUGAAACUAACAGAACACAAAUGUCGGGAGAAAGGGCUAGAGACAAACUGUCCAAUCUGCUGUGACUUCCUAUUUACAUCAAGCGCGGCAGUCAGAGCUCUUCCCUGCGGCCACUUCAUGCAUUCAGCUUGCUUUCAGGCAUACACUUGUAGUCACUACACUUGUCCUAUCUGCUGCAAAUCUUUGGGAGACAUGGCGGUGUACUUUGGCAUGCUUGAUGCAUUGUUGGCUUCUGAAGAGCUUCCGGAGGAAUAUCGUGAUCGGUGUCAGGAUAUUCUUUGCAAUGACUGUGAAAGAAAAGGGAGAUCUCAAUUUCAUUGGCUGUACCACAAAUGCGGCUCCUGUGGUUCUUAUAAUACCAGAGUUAUCAAGACUGAUACGGCAGAUUGUUCUACGCCAAACUAGUGAGGGGAAUAUUCUUUCUUUUUAGCUUUAACUCUGUAAAUAUAGUCCUACAGAACCUUGUGUAGCAUAGCUACCAUUUUUUUUUCAUCCCAUAGCCAGUUCAUUUUGGUCAAGCAUAGCGUGCAAUUUACUAGGUCUAGUGCUAAGCUGUCGAAAUGGACAAUAGCCUGACCUCUAUUCUGUCAGGUACAUCCUGUCCCAAAGGCCGUAGCAUCGACGCCAAGUUAUACAGUAUAUACUAUACACCAAUGCUGGCACGAUCACAUGCAUGAUUCCAGGUGUUCAAAAUAUCAUUUUUCAUGCAUGAUUCUUUUGUUACUCAAAUACAUACACAUUUGAAACGUUAGUAUAUUACUCAAGUCUUUUUCUUCAA